UGUGGCGUGUACUUCUACUUCUCACAGCUAGAAGGACAAAUUGAUGAUUGUGAAUGCAGUGUAAACACAGUUGACUACUUUAACAACUUGAAGAUAUAUCCUCGCCUCAAUAGUCUUCUCUUGAAAGAUUUCUUCAGGUUUUACAGGGUAAACUUGGAACGUGGAUGUCCAUUUUGGCCUGAUUUCAAAAGAUGUACUACAGAACACUGUUCUGUUGAGACAUGCUCUGAGGGACAGGUUCCAGCUGGGUUAUCAACAGAAGCAAAGAAUGGCAAGGAAAGCUCUGCACACAAGUAUUUAAAAGAAGCACAGAAUGAAGAAGAUUGUGAUGAAAACCACGGUGGCCUUGGUGCUGUUGACAGAACUCUUAGUGAAGAGACAAAAGAAGAGUUUGAAAAGUGGCAAAAAUAUGAUGAAAGCCAAGAUAAUUUUUGUGAGACUGAAGGUGAGUCUCUUACAGACGUAAAGUAUGUAGACCUUCAUCGAAAUCCAGAGAGAUUUACAGGAUACAAAGGUGUAUCUUCUCACCGUGUCUGGAAGAGUAUUUAUCAAGAAAAUUGCUUCAAGCCAGAUCAUGAGCAUGGACCUUUUACCACUUCCAAAAAUCUUGGUGAAUUAUGCUUAGAGAAGAGGGCAUUUUUCCGUGCAAUUUCAGGAUUACACACAAGCAUCACUGUUCACUUGUGUGCUACACACUACACACCUUCAAAAACUGGAUUUGGCUCUGGUAAUUGGGGGCUUAAUGUUCCUGAAUUUCUGAAACGGUUUAGCACUGAUCAGACUGAUGGAGAAGGACCAGAUCGUUUGAAAAACCUGUACUUUGUGUAUCUGCUAGAAUUACGAGCUCUGGCUAAGGCUGCACUUUACAUAGAAGCCCAGAGUUUCUAUACAGGUGAUGAUGUUGAAGAUGCUGAAGUAAAAUCUGCUGUAACAGAACUUCUUUCUAUUAUCAAAUCCUUUCCCAAUCACUUUAAAGAAAGUGUACUUUUUCCAGGAAAAGAUGAGGAGACAGCAAAAUUAAAAGAAGAAUUCCGACAACAUUUUAUUAACAUCACCAGAAUAAUGGACUGUGUAGGAUGUGACAAAUGCAGACUGUGGGGAAAACUUCAGACAGAAGGUCUAGGCACUGCAUUGAAAAUCCUGUUUUCUGGAAAACUUGACUCAGACCUCAAAAUGCCUCAGCUGAAAAAGAACAGCUUUCACCUUACCAGAAAAGAAAUAGUUGCAUUGUUCAAUGCUUUUGGAAGAUUGUCAACUAGUGUUUAUCAGCUGGAAAAUUUCAGAAAGCUAAUAAAGUCCUAGUCUCUUACCCUGUUUAAUAAUUAUGGGAAGGUGAUACACUUCAUUGUGUUCUGCAAUUUAGAAGGAAAUAUUUAGCUUUAGGAUGGUUGUUCUGUGAUCAUUGUUGCUAUAAUUUCAUUUUUCCUCAUUUAUUUUCUUUUAAGAAAUAUGUUUUUUACAUUCCUAUUGUGUUCAUUCACAUUUUAAUGUUAAAUUUUUAUUAUUGAUUUUAAUUAAUUGUAAAUCUUUAAGCAUCCUCUUGAUAAGAUGAGUUAUCUGUAGUUAUGAUAGGACAUUUGAUUAAAGUUCGCACAAUUUCCUUUUAACUAGUAAGCCUCAACAUAUUGUCCCAGAUGAGUGUGAUUUAGAAUAAACUGUUUAGACUUACCAUUUCCAAAUGUUGCAUGGUUCUUGUAGUGAAGUUAGGAAGUGAACUUUGUAAGCUAAAGUCUUGAUUAUAUAUGAAUGAAAUAAAGAUAUUUACUUAAGAAAA